UUGUGUUCGCUUGUUGCAGUGAGGGGGGUUUCUUAAUGCCAUCAUGAGCUUUCCCUCUAAUUACCCUAACAGCCCUCCAUCGGUGAGGUUUACCUCAGAGAUAUGGCAUCCUAAUGUUUACUCAGAUGGAAAGGUUUGCAUUUCAAUUCUUCAUCCCCCUGGUGAUGAUCCAAAUGGCUAUGAGCGAGCAAGCGAACGUUGGAGUCCAGUCCAUACAGUUGAGAGCAUAAUUUUGAGUAUUAUAUCAAUGCUUUCAAGCCCUAACGAUGAAUCUCCUGCAAAUGUGGAUGCUGCGGUAAGUCUCUAUAGUUAUAUUUUCAUCAUUAUUAUGCAACCCUAAAUUUUGUGCUGCAAUUUUUUUAAUCUAUAUA